GCAAACGCCGUGCAUCGCUGGCUAAUCGAUCAGGACAGUAGUGUGAGCUCUGAGAUGCCGGAUGGCCAAGGAGUAUGGCACUAUGAUGAUGAAGAACGCUGGCUGACAGGGAGCAAAAUCUGUGACAUCUAAGAGGAUGGUGCAGAAGGAGGCUCACAAUCUUUGCUCCUGGAGACAGAGAGAAGGUAAAACGGAAGUGUCACCAGAGCUGUGCCAGGAGCCAGAAACCCCUGCUGCAGGGUGUCCACGUCCUCCACCGGCCUUCCCCCAACGUUUGCCUUGUGGUGUCUGGGCAGCGCAAGAAGAACUGGGACCAGACCUUAGAAAUGAGGUAGCGCAGAGAUGGGGAGGCACUCAGCCAGUGGAUGGAGCAGGAGUCGAGCGACCAGAGCUGGUGAACUCCAGCUGGAUGAGUGACCCCCCGAACACACAGCUAGUCCCGUGGUAGUUUGCCAUCUGGGCUUACGUGGUCAGCGCAACAGAGUGAGACGCCAGCACAGAGAGGCGGUAGCCGCCAUUUCAUGUCCAACGCAGGGCGAAUACCAAAUGCUUCCACUCAGGUGGAGGAGCUGAUGUUGGCUGUACAAUGGUAUCAAUCCGUCUUUAGCGACAAUUUUCCCAGUGACGUCCCGAAAGACAGAAAUCCACUUGCCCCCUCCUGACCUCGAACAGGGAUCCAGAUGAGGUUGUCUGGCCUGCGGCGAGGAACUAGAGCUCAGGAAGGACAAGGCUUCCUCUGGCAGCUAGCCAAGAGAAGGAAAGGUACGGUGGCUGUUGUGCGUCACACUCUCGACCAUCAUUUGGAACAGACCUCAUCGUCCAGCGACAGAAGAGUGGCAGCCUCCGCUCACCGUAUUCUUACUGAGGCCCACAGAGGUCCGUCCAGUUUGAGUCCCUCUCAGAGCCGAAGCAUGAGCAGGUCGCAGGGGAGCCAACUGGGGGACGUCAAGGGCCUGUGCCAGGAGGCGGCUGUGGUGGGCCCUCGGCGAGUCCUAGGAGACAGAUGCGGGGCCAGCCAAGCCCCAUUCGUCACAGCGCGGCAGCACGGCAGGCUCCGUAGGAAGAAAGCAAAGAGUGUCAGAAGAAUCUUUUCCAGCUGCUCCCGCCCCACUGUAGGUGCAGACUACAUUAGGACGGCCAUUCAGCCCCAGCCACCAGCAGUUGGCUGUAAUUUGUUUCGGCUGCGGGGGCAAAGUUCAUUUACAUGUGAAAGGCCAUUCAAAUAUUGUAAAUCUCAUUUUCAUCCCAGGGUUAUUGGUAGCAGUUCACAUAAUUCAGAUGAAAAUUAGAAGGGGAGGGGGGAGGAGGGCGCUGCAGGAGCGGCUGGAGGGACGUCUCCGUCGGCCAGACUGGAGAAGUCUUCUCCUCCUGUGGAGCCAUGAAGAAGCCAAGCGCCUCUGUGGUCUGGGACCACGCGGGGAGUAGGCAGGAGGGCGCGCACGCACGCACGCACGCACGCAGGCACGCAGGCACGCAUGAGCAUGUAUUCAGGUGCAUGGACGAGGAGGCUCAAAUACCUGAGACGGGCUGCUUUGUUGCAAUACCAGCUGCUCCCUCCAGGUGGGCUUCUGAGCCACUGACUCUUCUUCUAGAGAUUGAACAAUAACUCGACAAAACUUAGAAGCUUUCAUUUUCCAAAUCACAACUUCUUGGACCUGGAUCUUAUGAGCGUAGUCGAUCAUGAGUCACAUCAAAGCGGAGAGAGAAAACGAUCGGCUCGUCUCUUGACCAACAACUGGAUGAGCCUUUCCUGUUUCUUUUCAAGGUGCCUUCACGCACUUCAAGACUUUGCAUCUUGGCGCUCGGCCUGAAAAUCCUCUGGCUGCGUAUGUGAGACAUGGACGUGUGCGGACACGUGUGCGCCGGCACGUCACGCACUCGCUGGCGUGCGCUUGACUGACUGAGUGAGUGAGUGAGUGAGUGAGUGAAGGUGAUGCAGGGCGUUUAAGUGACAGAUUUCAUGUUGGACAUGAAAGCUUUAAUAGUCAACAUUUGAAUGAGGCAACUGAGAGCAGCGAUGUGAACAGAGGAGGUGCCUGAGAUGUAUGUUAAUAAGGGGCUCACGUCAGAUCUUUGGCACUCGCUCUGCCACUCAAGUGUAGAACACAACAGCAUGUGUGUUGAUGAAGAUCCGAGCUGUCAACAAGACUGCACAAGAGCAUGAGCUGAGGCUCGCCACCUCCGGCUCCCAACUGCUUUGACAGCGUUUUCCUCAAUCACCAGGGAAUUCUCUGCCACAGAGAAACGCUCGGAAACUGUUUCUUCUCCAGGACAGAUCCAGCACAUGAUUUGUUUUUCAAGUGCAACAUCUGAUUUCCGCUGGAUAGUCGGAACAAGCGACGCAGUACGUGAUGAGCACAUCCUUUUGGAUUCUCAAUCUUUGUCCCAAAUGUUCUCGCCUUUUAAGCCGACCUCAGUGCGUCAAGGGGAGUCACACGUGCAGUCGGACUUGAUCCAGACAUUUGGCUCUUGUUCAACGUUGGCAGAGCAGCAACUGUUGUAGUGCAUUAUGGGACAUGCCGUAUGAGUAAUGGCCAUGUGUUCCAAAUGACAAAUCAUGGGGAUUUAGUCCAAAAGUCUAAUAAGUCCAACAAAAAUGUAAUAUUUUUCAACUGAGCUUUAAAAGAAGUUGCAUUCAAACCUUGUGUGGGACUGAGGUGAGAACAUUUUUACCUUGGUGACUUUCACAGGAUGAAUGGAAGGAGCUAUAGACGUGGAUCCGGGUCAGAUGUUCUCGGUCCGCCCCGGUUCUUCUAACCACAGCGAUGACUUCUGCUCCCUCGCUCCAGUUCUUCCUCACCUCCAGCUCCACUCAUGAAGACGAAUGAGCGUGGGCUCCUACACUGACACACGACUGCCAUCAUUGCUCUUUAUCGCCCUCAUCUUUUCUGCGCUCUCUCUCUUCCCCUCAGUGUCUGACGGCCUGACUCUGUCCCCUACAGGUCGAGCUUCAACACCUGUUUAAAGUGCCACGCGUGUGAUCGUAUGUUCUACACUUGAGUGAGCCUGCGCCGACGUGCCAGCGCUCUGUGGCCCAGGCAGGUUUAAUGUGCUCCUCUGUCAGUGCCGAGGGCGAGCGAGCUUCACGUUGCUCGAGAGAAGCUGAGGGCCGGGCGCGGAGGUGAGCGAGUGCCUGUGUUUCGGGGUGGAAGUAGUCUGCUAACCCAGCGACGGGUCUCUGAAGCUGCUGCAUGUCAUGUGUCACACGACUGAGCCUGGUGACCACGGUGGUUUUCCUCACCUGCUUCUCUGACGGAGCCUUCUCCCAGCACCCAUGCUGUGGCCUGGAAUGUCCAUUAGCAAGUUCUCCAGAGCGGUGAGGCGUCGUGAAGCAUCAGGGAGAACUUUGGACCUGGACGUCAGUCAGGUGUGUCACCCGCCCACGUCUUGAAACUCCCGGAGCAGACAGUGUCAGUGGCGAGCUCCGCCCAGCCGGCCCCCAUCGUGAUGUCUGACAUGUAUCUUGAGCCACACGCUGCCAACGGCUGUAGCUUCAUGUCCUGUGAGGAGCUCCUUAACUGCGCUCUGUUUUCCUGGGCAUGAGCAAUAAACCAAAGACAAGUGGGGCUUGACACAGGGAGCCCAAACCCAACCCCAAACCUUCCUGUGGCCUUCCCUGACUUUUUCUUGGGAGAACACAGUGGAGAGAAACAUAGUGCAGUACCUAUCCAGUACUUCUCCCGGGAGCCAGUCGGAAUAUUGCGGGUGAAGUCAGCUGGAAGAGAACGGGAAGGAGGAUGGGAAACACACUUUCUUAGGUCUGACAUGAUGCUGCAAAUGAAGAGGUACCCCAUGAGAUGUUUUCCCUCAGGUCACGGUCCAGUGCUAUUGAGAAGUGCAUGGGUUUCUUACUACACCCCCCCUUCCUUUUUUCACAAGCAUUUAUCUCCCUGCAUGGUUUUGGCAGUGAUGUGCUUUUCCCAGCGUUUAGCCAGGAGGGGGGGGAGUGGAGGGAGAGGGGGAGAAAAGAAGGCCUUUUCAGGCGAGGAAUGACGGACGCUUUAUUAAAAGAGGCAGGGCCUUUUAAGAGGCAGGCCCCUUCAUGCCCCCCCCACCUCAUGUGUCUGGCCCAUUGUCACGGGGCGGCAGCAGCGCCCCCCCCCCCUCCUUCGCCAAGCCGGGCGGCUUUGUCACUGUAAGUCACCCUCCACACUAAAACACAGCCCAAUCCCCAAAACACAGCCGUCCUCCAGCGUAACUCCAAGCUGUCGCGGUGGCGUUCAGAGAAUGGUUGUCAGAAACAUAGAGGGCACGCAGGGACGGGCGUGAGGCGGCUGGCGGGAGGAGCGCGGCGGCAGCGGGCCGCAGAGAGGCCGGCGCUGAUGGCGAGCCGCUGGCCGGAUGUGAGUGUUGGAGCUGAGAGCGAGGUGUUUUCAGACAGCAUUCCACCAGAGAUAAGGCCCCCUCACGCCCCACUCCACCAUCUCUCCACCCACCAGCAAGUGUCCGGCUCGCUGAAGAGUGUGUUGGAGGGAGGGUGUGUGUGCGUGUGUUUACAGGGGGCUGCAGGGAAGAUAGCUAGGGUUUGAGACGCAGCAGAAAGAGAGCGGAGGCCCAGCAGGCCAGCAUGCCGGUCCAGACCGCCACUUUUGGACAGCUUCCUGCAGUGUCACACAGCGUUGUCACAUCAGUUGUUAAGUGUCAGUCAUUUCAUUCGAGCUUUGGGAAGGUAAAAGCCUGUUUCACACCUAAGUACAUGUCUGGAACAAAGCGACAGCGUCACUGGUCGCAGUGUUAGUGUCAGUCAAGGGUUGAGCAGAGCAGAAAAGGACAACGGGUGAAAUCCCAGUGGAAGCGAGUGGCUCUGUCUGAGCAGGUAUGUUGCGGUGCAAUGGCAGCGCUCCCUGAAAAGGAGGCGGGGAUAGAGCCAGCAGGACACAACUUCCGCUAACAAAGAUGGGCAUAUUUAGUCGUGAACCUGAGGAGCACCAGUGGAGACAAAGCGGCAGGCGUGACUAGGGCUGGAUUUGGGAUGAGACAGGCUUCGACAGCGUUGAUGGACACGGAGGUGACAUUUGCACAUUGAGAUCCAACGGAAGCAAGGUGGCUCUGAUGCAUGCGAUACUUUGCUCUAUGUGUGGCAGGCAGAUGCUGGCAACAGCUUCCUCCGAGCAGCCCGCUCUGGCAACCUGGACAAGGCUCUGGAGCACAUUAAGAACGGCAUUGAUAUCAACACGGCCAAUCAGAAUGGGCUCAACGGGCUUCACCUGGCCUCCAAAGAAGGCCACGUCAAAAUGGUCCUGGAGCUGCUCCACAAUGGGAUCGUGCUGGAGACCACCACCAAGAAAGGAAACACUGCCCUGCACAUCGCAGCCCUGGCAGGUCAGGAGCAGGUGGUCACCGAGCUGGUGAACUACGGGGCCAACGUCAACGCUCAGUUGCAGAAAGGCUUCACUCCGCUCUACAUGGCUGCACAAGAAAACCAUCUAGAGGUUGUGAAGUUUCUCCUGGAGAACGGAGCCAAUCAGAGCAUUCCAACUGAGGACGGCUUCACUCCUUUGGCCGUGGCUCUCCAGCAGGGCCAUGAAAACGUCGUCGCCCUGCUCAUCAACUACGGCACCAAAGGCAAGGUCCGUCUCCCCGCUCUGCACAUCGCGGCUCGCAACGACGACACGCGCACGGCUGCCGUGCUCCUGCAGAACGACCCCAACCCGGACGUGCUCAGCAAGACUGGCUUCACGCCUCUGCACAUUGCUGCACAUUAUGAAAAUUUGAACGUGGCUCAGCUGCUCCUCAACCGAGGCGCGAACGUCAACUUCACCCCAAAGAACGGCAUCACUCCUCUGCACAUUGCAGCCAGGAGAGGGAAUGUCAUCAUGGUGCGGCUGCUUUUGGACAGGGGCGCACAGAUAGAUGCCAAAACCAAGGACGAACUCACCCCUCUGCAUUGUGCGGCAAGAAACGGCCACGUCAGGAUCAUCGAGAUCCUCCUUGAUCACGGUGCCCCGAUACAGGCGAAGACCAAGAACGGCCUGUCGCCGAUCCACAUGGCGGCACAAGGCGACCACAUGGACUGUGUCAAGCAGCUGUUGCAGUACAACGCGGAGAUCGAUGACAUCACGCUGGACCACCUCACACCUCUGCAUGUUGCCGCCCACUGCGGCCACCACCGCAUGGCCAAAGUCCUGCUGGAUAAAGGAGCGAAGCCCAACUCCCGGGCGCUGAACGGUUUCACCCCCUUACACAUCGCUUGCAAAAAGAACCACCUGCGUGUGAUGGAUCUGCUGCUCAAACAUUCCGCCUCGCUGGAGGCCGUGACGGAGUCUGGCCUGACCCCGCUGCAUGUGGCCUCCUUCAUGGGUCACCUCAACAUUGUCAAGAUCCUGCUCCAGAAGGGGGCUUCACCCAGUGCGUCUAAUGUGAAAGUGGAAACGCCGCUUCACAUGGCGUCGAGGGCGGGACACUUGGAGGUGGCCGAGUUUCUGCUGCAGAAUGCGGCACCAGUAGACGCCAAGGCCAAGGACGACCAGACUCCCCUGCACUGCGCCGCACGAAUGGGUCACCAAGAGCUGGUGAAGCUCCUCCUGGAGCACAAGGCCAAGCCGAACUCCGCCACCACAGCCGGUCACACUCCUCUCCACAUCGCAGCCCGCGAAGGCCACGUGCACACAGUGCGGAUCCUGCUGGACAUGGAGGCCCAGCAAACAAAGAUGACCAAGAAGGGCUUCACGCCGCUCCACGUGGCCUCCAAGUAUGGAAAGGUGGACGUCGCCGAGCUCUUGCUGGAGCGAGGGGCAAACCCCAACGCUGCUGGGAAGAACGGUCUGACUCCGCUGCACGUGGCUGUGCAUCACAACAACCUGGACGUGGUCAACCUGCUGGUCAGCAAGGGCGGCUCGCCGCACAGUGCCGCCAGGAACGGCUACACUGCCCUGCACAUCGCGUCAAAGCAGAACCAGGUGGAGGUGGCCGACAGUCUUCUGCAACACGGAGCUUCGGCCAACGCGGAGUCUCUCCAGGGCGUCACACCGCUGCACCUGGCCUCACAGGAGGGCAGGCCUGACAUGGUCACCCUGCUCAUCUCCCAACAGGCCAACGUCAACCUUGGCAACAAGAGUGGACUGACUCCGCUCCACCUGGUGGCGCAGGAAGGUCACGUUGGGAUCGCCGAUAUACUGGUGAAGCAGGGAGCAUCGGUCUACGCAGCCACACGAAUGGGAUACACUCCUCUACAUGUCGCUUGUCACUACGGAAACAUCAAGAUGGUGAAAUUCCUCCUUCAGCAGCAAGCCAACGUCAACAGCAAGACACGACUGGGCUACACUCCUCUGCACCAGGCGGCCCAGCAGGGACACACCGACAUCGUGACUCUGCUGCUGAAGCAUGGCGCCCAGCCCAAUGAGACCACCACGAAUGGCACCUCAGCACUGGCCAUCGCCAAGAGACUGGGCUACAUCUCUGUGAUCGACGUCCUGAAGCUGGUCACUGAAGAGAACGUCGCCAUGACCACCACAGAGAAGCACCGCAUGAGCUUCCCCGAGACAGUGGACGAGAUCCUCGAUGUGUCGGAGGACGAAGGAAUUGCACAGCUCACUUUAGGAGAGGAGCUCCUGGGGACAGAAGGGGCCAGGUACAUGAAGAUGGAUGACAUGAAAGACCAUGAUGACGAUUUCCUCUCCCCCAAGAAAUCACUGGAGUACGAGAGGGGGCUGGGCACAGCAAAUUACUCGCCAGCCAUUCCCAGGAUUCCUCGUGUCUCCCCGGAGACGGUCCUCCUGAAAGACCAGGAGAUGGAGCAGCAGCACACUCCGCUCCCACUGCCCAAAGAGUACGACGAGGACUCGCUGAUUCCCAGCAGCCCUGCCACCGAGACCUCAGACAACGUCAGCCCGGUGGCCAGUCCCAUUCACACCGGGUCAGAUGAAAGCUGCCGCUCCGGCAGGGGCCCCGUUGAUGGGAAGCCAACCUCUCCGUGUCUGCACAGGUUCCUGGUCAGCUUCAUGGUGGACGCCCGUGGCGGCUCCAUGCGAGGGAGCAGGCACAACGGCCUGAGAGUCAUCAUCCCACCCAGGACCUGCGCGGCCCCCACACGCAUCACCUGCCGCCUGGUGAAGCCCCAGAAGCUGAGCAGCCCUCCUCCUCUGGUGGAGGGGGAAGGUCUGGCCAGCAGGAUCAUCUCUCUGGGCCCAGCCAGCAUGCAGUUCCUGGGGCCAGUGAUUGUGGAGAUCCCUCACUUCGCCGCUCUGGGUCGGGGCGACCGAGAACUGGUGGUGCUGAGAAGUGAGAAUGGCUCGGUCUGGAAGGAGCAUCGGAACCGCUACGGCGACGAGGUUCUGGAGACCAUCCUCAACGGGAUGGACGAGGACUUAGAAAGUCAAGAGGAGCUUGGAAAGAAGAGGAUCCGGCGCAUCAUCUCCACAGACUUCCCUCUUUAUUUUGCUGUGGUGUCAAGGGUGCAGCAGGAGAGCGACCUCAUCGGCCCUGAGGGGGGCGCACUCAGCAGUAAACUGGUGCCAAUGGUCCAGGCCACCUUCCCUGAGACAGCAGUCACCAAACGUGUCCGUCUGGGGCUGCAGGCUCAGCCCGUUCCAGACGAGCUGGUUGCAAAGCUGUUGGGGAACCAGGCCAACUUCAGCCCGGUGGUGACAGUGGAGCCCCGGCGCCGCAAGUUCCACCGUCCCAUCGGCCUGCGCAUACCUCUGCCCCCGUCCUGGAGGGAGAGUCCCCGCGACUCAGGGGAGGGCGACACCACCAGCCUGCGCCUGCUGUGCUCUGUCAUCGGUGGCACAGCUUCGGCCCAGUGGGAAGACAUCACUGGCACCACCAAACUCAUCUAUUCCAACCAGUGCGCCAGCUUCACCACCAACGUGUCGGCCCGCUUCUGGCUGGCCGACUGCCCGCGCACCGCCGAGGCCGUCUCCUUCGCCAACCUGCUCUACAGGGAGCUCUCGGCGGUGCCGUACAUGGCCAAGUUCGUGGUGUUCGCCAAGAUGAACGAGCUGCGCGAGGGCCGGCUGCGCUGCUACUGCAUGACGGACGACAAGAUGGACAAGACCCUGGAACAGCACGAGAACUUCACCGAAGUGGCUCGCAGCCGCGAUAUCGAGGUGAUGGAGGGGAUGCCGCUCCACCUGGAGUGUUCCGGGAACCUCCUCCCCGUGCGGAAGGCCACGCAGCAGCCACGCUGCUUCAGCUUCCAGGCCUUCAGAGAUAACCGACUUCCGGUCUCUGUCAAGGUACCGUCCUCGCGCUCCUCUCAUCUCCCACCGCACGCCUUCACCCACCCGGCCCUCUCCCAGGUGAGAGACAGCAGUAAAGAAUCGGCCGGGUUCCUGUCCUUCCUGCGCAAAUCCACCAAGUAUGAAGACAACCAGCAUGUUCUGUGUAACCUCAACAUCAGCAUGCCUCCGUGCAUCAAGAUCAUCGGAAGUGAAGACAGGCGGCGAACUUUAACCCCUUUGGCACUCAGAGAAAGAUACAGUGCACUGAAUGAACCUGCAAUGGCUUCCUUAAGUGCCAUGGAAAGGACCGAGCUCAAGAUGGCCGUCAUCGCAGAGCAGCUGGGCCUGAGUUGGGCUGAGCUGGCCCGGGAGCUCCAGCUCAGCGUGGACGACAUCAACAAGAUCCGUGUGGAGAACCCCAACUCGCUGCUGGAACAGAGCUCCGCGCUGCUCAACCUGUGGGCCACACGGGAAGGCAAGAGGGCCAAAAUGGAAAGUUUAUACGCGGCUCUGAAGAGCAUCGACCGGAUGGAUAUCGUCCACAUGCUGGAGGGUCAGCCCACCAGAGCCGGCUCUCGUGACCUGAGCCGACGGCGCCGUGACAGAGAACGCCUCUCUCCAGGUCUCACCAAUGGUUAUGGGCUCGCCCAGGAUGAGCUUCUCUCCCCGGCCUCCAUGCAGUAUAGCCUGCCCUCCCCCCUGGGCGCUGAGCCCUACUGGCAGGAGGUUUCCAGCCUGGACUGUGCGCCCAUUGCCACCACAGAGGAGGACACCCUUAUGGAGAUGUCUGACGUGCAGGUGUGGCCCUCAGGCCACAGCCCGUCCUUGGUGCCGGUGGAGGACUCCUCGCUGGAGUGCAGCAAUGCGGACGAUUCAGAGGGUCUGCUGGGGCUGCCUUACGGGAGUCUGGGCCGGCCGGCCAGCGCCGGCGGUGCGGUGCUCAGUGGAUCCACUGAGCUGCCCGAGGAUGACUCCGAGAUGGGGGUGGACUCACUCAGCACAGCCACCCCGGCCUCGCUGGGCGGCACCAUUGCUGGGAUCAGUCUGAACGGUGCCAACAACGGUCAGGGGUCGGAGGCCAGUUCCGAAGCAUCAGCAGUCGCCAACACGACUGGUGUGGACGGAGCUGGAGGAGGAGGAUGGAGAGGGACGGGCUCAGAGGACGGCCUUUCUCUUGUUGCAGGACAGCACAGGGUGUACGCCCGCUUGAGUGAGUCGCCCGCUCUCAGCUGCGUUCCAGAUCCAAGCGCAGACAGGUCGUCCAAUGGUGGAAGUGGGACGGGGAGGGAGAGUGGCUCUUUCCUCUCAUACCUGCAGGAGCAGACGGGGCCCGGGUGGAGCCCGGUCACCAACGCUCAGGCCUGGGUGGCCCAUCAGCCUACGGACGCUGUGAUGUCAUCCGUGUGCAACGCAGUGGACCACGGCCAGGAGGGCUUGCUUCAGCCGGUGAGGGACAUGGGACACUCGGAAAUCCUGCGCGGCCACUUCCGUGGGACGCAGCCAUUUGAGAAGGGUCUGGGCUUCCCGCACAGAGCGCCGGAUCUGAACGCCUGGGAUGAUCAGGGAGAUGAAGCUGAAGACCUUCCAGGAGAACAAGUCAGCGAGGAGCAGUUUACAGACGAACAUGGAAACAUUGUCACCAAAAAGAUCGUCCGGAAGGUGGUGCGGAGAGGGAAGGGCUCCGGUGAAGAGGGGCUCCAGGAGGUGAGCAUGGAGACGUCUCUGCAGGACGAGCUGGAGGGGGACGCCGAGCAGUUCAUGAGCUACGCCAUCCUGGGCCGGGAGAGCAGCAAGCCCGACUGUGUGGAGGUGAAGAAGGGUGCUCAGAUAGUGAAAUGUGCCAGUCUGCGGCGAGUUAAGCAGUGAGGCAGACCUCUCCACGGGCCUCGGCCCCCUCACCCAAAACCCCCUACAUGGACACAUGACCCACAGCAGCUGUCAGCAAGGAAGAGCGUCCUGGAGUCAGAGCCUUCACAACAAGCCCUCGGACUCCGCCCACCAUCAGCACGCACAGGAACGGACGGAUUGUGAUCGACUCGUAGUUUUUAAGAACCUUUUUUUCAAAGAAACCAUUGGACAAAGCAUCGACUAGGCUAGAAGCAUGAGUUCAUAUUGAAAAAAUAACAAACUCCACAAAAAGUACUAGCAACCGACGAGCUUCCUGUAAUCAGUGUCAGCAUGAGUGACUGCUGCCGCAUGGCCUGUCUUGACCUAUCAUACUGGGGGGUGGGGGGUGGGGGGGACAGGCAUGAACU